AUGUUGAAUUUUGACGUUCUAUAUUUGGUAGAAUGUAAUAUUUCAUUUAAUCAUUUACAUGAUUAUAAUCUCAGCAAGGAAUUCUUUUAUUUAUUACAUAAACUACCUUCAGAAUCUGCAAUUCAUAUAUUAGAAAAAAUUUAUGAAAACAAAAAGCGUAUAUAUGAUCCAAUUUCAUAUUUACGUUCAGAAUUCAAAAGAAUCAGAAAUAUUGAUUUUAGACCAAAACAUGUACCAGAUCAUUGCUCUAUGAUGCGCAAGGUAAUAGUAACUCCAACUACUAUGUAUAUGCUACCUCCAAAUAUGGAGACGUCCAAUCGUGUCAUUCGUUAUUUUAAAUGCGUGAAAGAUAAUUUUUUACGUGUUCAUUUUGUUGAUGAAAGUUCUAAUAAAGUUGGUGCUUCAAGCGGUGAUGAAAACGAAAAUCAUAGUCUAGCUUUGUAUAAUAGAAUCUAUUAUACCUUACGUGAAGGUAUUAAAAUUGGAGAUAUACAUUAUGAAUUUUUGGCUUUUUCUUCAAGUCAAUUAAGGGAUCAUUCAUGUUGGUUUUUUGCUUCUACCAAUAGUUUAACUGCAAAUGAUAUUAGAAAAUGGAUGGGUGAUUUCUCUGAUAAAACAGUUGCUAAAUAUGCUGCUCGUAUGGGGCAAUGUUUUUCAAGCACUCGCGCUAUUCAGCGCCUUCUUGUUAAUGAUAUCGAGGAAAUACCUGAUAUAGAAAGGAAUGGUUAUGUAUUUUCUGAUGGUAUUGGAAAAAUUUCUCCUCUAUUAGCGAAAAAAAUCGUAUCAAAAUUAGAAUUGAAGAAUAAUAUCCCUAGUGCAUUUCAAUUUAGAAUGGCUGGAUAUAAGGGAAUGUUAUGUCAGGAUAAUACUUUACAAGGAAAUCAAGUUAAAGUACGUAAAAGCCAACGGAAAUUUGAAUCAACACAUAAUGAGUUAGAAAUAAUUAGGUGUUCUGCCUAUAUUCCUUCCUUUCUUAAUAGGCAAGCAAUAACAUUAUUGUCAGUAUUAGGAAUACCUGACGAAGUAUUUAUUCGUUUGAAGGAUCAACAAGUUGAUGACUUGAAUAAAAUAUAUGAAAAUGAAAAUAAAGCAAUAAAUACCUUACAACAAAAUUCUGAUGAAUAUGGAGUAUCACAUUCUCUUGCAGAUUAUAUCAAAGCGGGAUUUUUACAAGAAAAUGAUCCUUAUUUAGUAAAUUUGAUUUCAUUAUUCCGUAUAACAAUGUUGAGAGAUAUUAAAAAGAAGGCAAAAAUCCGUGUUAAUAAAGGAGCAUUCUUGUUAGGAGUUUUGGAUGAAACUAAUACAUUAAAAGAAGAUGAAGUAUAUUGUUGUGUAAGGAAUGAUCCUAAUAAUCCAUCUAGAAAAAAAUUAAUUACAGGUACAUGCAUUGUGUACCGUAACCCUUGUUUUCACCCUGGAGAUGUAAGAAUCGUAAAAGCUGUAGAAUGCGAUGCAUUAAAAGAUCUUGUGGACGUAUUAGUUUUUCCACAAGUUGGAGAACGCGAUAUCCCAAAUCAAUGUAGUGGUGGAGAUUUAGAUGGUGACGAUUUCACUAUAAUCUAUGAUGAGGAUUUAAUCCCUAAAAAAAUAGAAGAACCCAUGAAUUAUAAGGGUCAAAAACCAGAAGUCGUCGAAAAAGUAACAAUGGAUGACAUUAAAAAAUUUUUUGUAAAUUAUGUAUUUUCGGAUCAACUUGGUAGGAUUGCCAAUGCCCAUUUAGCCAGGGCAGAUUUCUAUCCAGAAGGUGCUAAGCAUGAGUCUUGCAUUAAACUUGCACAUUUACACUCGGAUGCUGUGGAUUUUCCAAAGACAGGAAUACCCGCAGUUUUUCCAACAAAACUUCGCGUUAGUAAAUUUCCAGAUUUUAUGGAAAAGCCUGACAAACCUGUUUAUCAAUCCAAGAAAGUUCUUGGUACUUUAUACCGCUCAAUCAAAGAAGAGGAUUAUAAACCAUAUGUAGAAUCAACUUUUGACACAAGGUUGUGUGUUAAAGGAUAUGAAAAAUAUUUAGAGGAAGCACGAAUUCACAAAAGUUCAUAUGAUAGAAGUAUCAAAGCAUUAAUGAACCAAUUUGGAAUCAUGACAGAAUUUGAAGUAGUUAGUGGAUACAUUAUUAACACGCAUCCAAUUGACAAGAAAAAAACAAGAGAUGUAGUAAAGUGUGUAAUGGACGCGAUAACCCCAAUUAAAAAGUAUUAUCGAAAACUAUUCGACAAAGAAUUUUACUGCUAUGAUGAUGAAAAUUUUACAUUUGAGGCUUCUAUUCAAAUGCAAUCGAAAGCCUAUGCGUGGUAUUAUGUAACAUAUCAUCCUUCUGAACAGUCAGAAGAAAAUAUGAUAUCAUUUCCUUGGAUUGUGGGAGAUAUUUUAUGUAAAAUUGCUUUAAAAAACCAUCCUAUUAUCAGAAGAAAUGAACCUGUCAGAAAUUUACAGCAAUCACGACAACUACCGGAACAAUCUAGACAACCACCACAACAAUCUACUGUAAAUCACAAUAAUUUUACUACAAAUCGCUCAGAUAUUAAUGUCAAUAAUUGUAGUAAAGAUUUAUUUAAUAGUAUCAAUAUAGAAGAUGAUAUAUUAAAUUUGAGAAAAUCAAUUUUGACGAGAUAA